CCCCUGGUGCUCUGGCGUUUUGUGUGGUAGAGAUUGUCUUCUCUCACUCUCCCUCUCCCUUCUGGUUGCUCAUUAUUCAGAGAGAGGCAGAGACACAUACGCACAUACACACUCACUGAGAGAGACGGAUCUUUCAGGUCAUCUGCAGCUGCAGAGCAGCAGCAGCCACUGAAGGAGAGAGGAGGAGAAAUAUAGCAAGGAAGAUGGCAAUCCUCCAUUGCUGAGAGGAGCAGCAAGAAAGAACUCCAAGAGGAGAACCACCACCUCUCCACCUACCUAGACACAAGGCUAUUAUCUGAGGACAGCAAGAGGCUGGAGCAGCCCGGUCCAGAGCGCGGUGACUUUCUAAUGUAAAAGCAUAACCAUAGACCAUGGAAGUUCUUCAGUGUGAUGGAUGUGACUUCAGAGCCCAAUCCUAUGAAGAGCUAAAGACUCACAUUCAAGACGUUCAUACUGCAUUUCUGCAGCCAACAGAUGUAGCAGAGGAAAGUUCUAGUCAAGCCAGAACUGUGGACACAAACUCCAUUAACCAGUCGGAGACUGUGUUUCCUUCAUUAAAAGAUGAAUUUGUGGCUACAGAAGAAACUCAUGGCCACAAUACUCAGCAGACACCCACUGGAUCAUACUAUAGCCCCAGUCCUGGUUUUUAUGGCCUGUCAUCUGCUAGCAGUUCCAAACCAACUAAUAAGUUUUUCCAAUGUAAAUUUUGUGUCCGCUAUUUUCGAUCUAAAUAUCUUCUCGUGGAGCAUACUAAAAAGGUCCAUGGGCAUGCUAGUGGAAAUACGGGAGCCUCUGGAAAUUAUAACAUUAUGCUGCAUGAUGGCUUUGGUAAAGUGUUCUCAUGUCAGUUUUGCACUUAUAAGUCACCAAGAAAAGCAAGAAUAAUUAAGCAUCAAAAAAUGUACCACAAGAAUAACCUGAAAGAAAGUUUAUCACCUUCAGUGUCUCAAAGUACUUCUACUUCCAUGUCUGUUCAAGAAACAUGUAAAGAACUUCCAGCAGAAGUAGUAGAGCGGAGUAUACUUGAAUCAAUGGUGAAACCUCUAACAAAGUCUAGGGGAAACUUUUGCUGUGAAUGGUGUAGCUACCAAACACCUCGACGAGAACGUUGGUGUGACCAUAUGAUGAAAAAACAUCGUGGAAUGGUUAAGAUCUUGUCAAGUUUGAGACAAGAUGGACUAAACAUGUCAGAUCUACAAAAUAAAGGUUCACAAAUAUCUAGUCCUGGAACUAGUUACAUGCCACUAAACAUGACGACCCAUGACUUAUCUAGUGCAAAUAUUUCUGGUUACAGGAGUCCUAUAAGUAAUCUUCCGGCAGGCAACACAUCUAAGUAUCAAUCAAUGCCAUAUGUUGCAAUAAAACCUAAAUUUCCUUCAAAUACUGGCAUUAUGAAUCUGUCAGAAAGAUCCCCAUAUGUAAUUCCAGAAAAAUCUAACUCCAUGGUUGAUAUGGAUGAGAACAGCUUGUUAAAUGAUUCAAGUUCAGAUGAAGACUACAUUGAAAUGGAUGGUGAAAAUGGAUUUAGCCCAAUGGACCAUCAUGACUUGUCUGGGGAACCAUUAUUGGGAUCUGAAAACAACAAAUUGUUGGAGACGAAGGGAAUUCCUUUUAGAAGAUUUAUGAACAGAUUUCAAUGCCCUUUUUGUCCAUUUCUUACCAUGCAUCGGCGGAGUAUCUCUCGUCACAUUGAAAAUAUUCACUUAUCUGGAAAGACUGCAGUUUACAAAUGUGAUGAAUGUCCCUUUUCAUGCAAAAGCCCAUUAAAACUUGGAGCACAUAAGCAGUGCCAUAGUGGUGCAUCUCCAGACUGGGAUUCCCUUAGUGCCCUAAGUGAAAAUAUGGCUUCACAAUUAAAUGAAGUAUAUGAAGCUGGUAAUAUAAAUGGUAGAAAAACUGGAAACAUGACAGAAGCUUCUCAGCAGAACCCAUACAAGUGUACGAUGUGCAAUUACUCCACAACAACCUUAAAAGGUCUGCGUGUUCACCAGCAGCAUAAACAUUCCUUCUGUGACAAUAUGCCAAACAAUAGCAAUGUUGUACAGCAACUACAAGAUAGUGAACUAGACUCUAGCAAUUCUGGGACUGUGCGAAAGAGUCAGACUUCUAUUUUGGGGUUAUCCUCAAAAAAUAAUUUUGUUGCAAAAGCAUCCCGGAAAGUCUCAAAUGAUUUUCCUUUGGAUUUAUCACCUGUAAAGAAAAGGACAAGAAUUGACGAAAUUGCAAGCAAUCUACAAAGCAAGAUUAGCCAAACUAAACAACAAGAAGAUACUGUAAUUAAUGUAGAAGAUGAUGAGGAUGAGGAGGAAACCGAAGUAGAAAUAGAGGUAGAGCUAGACAAAGAGGAAGAUCCAUCUGAACAAUUGGAGGCUACCGAUCAAUAUUCUAUACAACAAAUAUGGAAUCGGGAUAUUGGCAUAUCUCAAAAAAGCAUGAACUUUAGAAAUAUCCAACAUAAUUACUCUGCAGCCAAUGGUGCGGAAAUUGAAUUAACACUGUCAGAUGAUGAUGAAGAUUUCUACUUUCAAUCCAUUGGCUUUAAAGAACAAGAUCAUAAUUUAUCUGGCUGCAAUCAGUCUAACCAGUAUAGUGAAAGUGACCAGAACAAUGAAAAUUCUGAGUAUAAUGAGGAGUCAGGAAGAUUAUACUAUUGCAAACACUGUGACUUUAGCAAUAAGUCUGCACGUAGUGUUAGCACGCAUUACCAGCGCAUGCAUCCCUAUAUUAAAUUUAGUUUUAGAUACAUCUUGGAUCCCAAUGAUCAUAGUGCAGUAUACCGCUGUCUUGAAUGCUAUAUAGACUAUAAUAAUUUUGAGGAUUUGCAGCAACAUUACUCAGAGCAUCAUCCAGAAGCAAUGAAUGUGCUUAACUUUGACCAGUCAGAUCUCAUCUAUAGAUGCCGCUUUUGCUCUUACACAAGUCCUAAUGUCCGUAGCUUAAUGCCACACUACCAAAGAAUGCACCCCACUGUAAAAAUCAAUAAUGCAAUGAUUUUUUCAAGUUAUGUUGUUGAAAGACAAGAAGAGCUCAAUGCUGAAUCACAGACAUUACGAGAAAUUUUGAAUUCUGCACCUAAAAACAUGGUGACCUCUACGCCUUCAGGACAUGGAAUUGGCAGCUCAGCAAACUUUAAUAAAACUGCACCACAAGCAGGUACUACAAAGACAUUUUCUACAGAGAAUGAUAGUCAGAAGAAUGCUGCUGUUAAUAAUGUAGUAGUUUAUGACUGUGAUGUGUGUGGAUUUGCUAGUCCAAACAUGCAUUCUGUUUUGGUUCACUAUCAAAAAAAGCAUCCUGACGAAAAGGCCUCCUACUUCAGGAUUCAAAAGACCAUGCGUGUUGUCACAGUUGACAGCGGAACAGCUAUUUCACAACUAGCUUUUGAUGGGGGAUCUUCUGUCACUCCAAAUUCUACCAAUGUGGCAUCUACGCUAGAGGAAAAUGUUGAACUAUACUACUGCAAGCACUGCUCAUAUAGUAAUCGUUCUGUUGUCGGCGUAUUGGUUCAUUAUCAGAAACGGCAUCCGGAAAUUAAAGUCACUGCAAAGUACAUUAGACAGGCCCCUCCAAAUUCUGAGACCAUGAGAAAUGCAGAUCCUCAACAAUACAUACUUGGUAAACAAUCUACAACGCUGUACAGCACCAAAAAAGGUAACAUUCCACCAAAAGAAAAUGAAAUGUUCUUCUGUCAACAUUGUGACUAUGGGAAUCAAACUGUCAAAGGUGUUUUAAUUCAUUAUCAGAAGAAACACAGAGAUUAUAAAGUAAAUGCUGAUGUUAUUAGACAACACACAGCUGCUAUAAGGAGUCUGUGUGAGCACGGCCAAAAGAAAUCCAGCAUAAACAUUCAAAAUUCCCCUUCAAAUAUUGAACCUGAAAAGGCUAAACUUAGAACCCUAAAAUGUAGACAGUGUUCAUUUUCAACCCCUUAUGUCUAUGCACUAAGAAAGCAUAUGAAGAAAGACCAUCCUAGUUUUAAGGCUACUGUGACUUUAAUAUUAAAGUGGGCUUUUUUGGAUGGCUUAAUUGAAGCUGGUUAUCACUGUGAAUGGUGCAUUUAUUCACACUCAGAGCCAAAUGGUCUCCUUGAACAUUAUCAAAGAAGACAUCCAGAGCACUAUGUGGAUUAUACCUAUAUGGCAACAAAACUAUGUGCUGGCCCAGACCCUGUCCCUGUGCAAACAGUUCCUGAAAUAAAGUCUUAUAAAUGCAGAGACUGUACAUUUGAAGCCCCUUCGAUUUGGGAUAUCACUAAUCACUAUCAAGCUGUACAUCCUUGGGUUCUGAAAGGUGAUGAAUCUGUACUACUUGACAUUAUAAAGGAGAAGGAUGCUGCACAAUAUCUAACUUCUGAUAUAGCAACAUCUUUAGAGUUCCAUGUUUCUCAGAAAGGUUCAAUACAGGUUGAAACUCACCCAGAGACUUUGGAUGAUUCCAGUGUACUGCAGGAGAAGCCAUCACAAUUAUCGUCUGCUCUUGCUUCAUCACCUUAUCAAUGCACUGUUUGUUUAUCUGAGUACAACAAUUUACAUGGCUUGUUAACUCAUUACGGAAAGAAACAUCCUGGCAUGAAAGUUAAAGCAGCAGACUUUGCCCAGGAUGUAGACAUUAAUCCUGGAGCAGUUUAUAAAUGUAGACAUUGUCCAUAUAUUAACACUCGUAUUCAUGGAGUCCUAACCCACUACCAAAAACGACACCCUUUAAUAAAGGUCACUGCUGAAGAUUUUGUGCAUGAUGUAGAACCACCUAGAGAAUCUGCUCAAAAUGAAGCUGAAGAAAAUAAUAGAAUAUUUAAACAAGGAUAUGGUGCCUAUCGAUGUAAAAUAUGCCCCUACACCCAUGGGACUCUAGAAAAAUUAAAGAUUCACUAUGAAAAAUACCAUAACCAGCCAGAGCCAGACAUGAUUUUACAAAUGUGUCCCAAAGAAAUUUCUAGUACUGAACCAGAAACUCCAGCUGAUGAUCAGCCACAUCAAACGAUUGUUACUCUAGAACCCGGUGAAGUUACUGACAUUCUAGGUUUUCGGCCACGUAAAAAUAUUGCAUCUCACACAGUGUUUAAGUGUCAGCUAUGCAAGUAUUUUUGCUCAACAAGGAAAGGGAUAGCUAGGCACUAUCGUAUCAAACAUAAUAAUGUUCGAGCACAACCAGAGGGCAAAAACAAUUUAUUCAAGUGUGCCCUUUGUUCCUAUACUAAUCCAAUUCGAAAAGGUCUAGCAGCUCACUACCAGAAGCGGCAUGACAUAGAUGCAUACUAUACCCACUGCUUAGCAGCAUCCAGAACAGUUCAUGAUAAGCCAAAUAAGGUUGUUGUUCCUCCACCUCAAUAUGAGGGAUCAUCUGAACUGAAUGACGACCUGAAGAAGGCACUUGAAGGGAAAAAAUGUUCCAUCUGUUCAUUUCAAUCUUAUAGCAAGAAAGGAAUUGUGUCACAUUAUAUAAAAAGACACCCUGGAGUCAUCCCUAAAAAACCACAUGGUAGUAAGCUUGCACAUAUGUUUACACCUAUAUACUCAAAGAAACAAGAAGUCCAAAGUGCUCCUGAGGAGAAGCCUGAACCAGAGCCUCCAUUUGAUGAUUCAGAAAGUCAAGAAACAGAACUGCUUCCAUUUAGGUGUAUUAAAUGUUUUAAGCUGUCAUUUAGCACCGCUGAUCUCUUGUGCAUGCACUACACAGACCAUCACAGCAAGGACAUAAAACGAGAUUUCUCUAUAUUGGGCACAACCGGUACCCGUUCCUAUACCACCUCAUAUCAAUGCAAACAUUGUAACAGCAAAUUAAACAGUAUUGCUGAACUGACCUGUCAUUUGACUUCUCACAUUGAAGAAUUUCAAAAACGUGCAAAACGUCAGGAAAGACGGAAGCAACUUUUAAGCAAGCAAAAACAUUCUGACAUUGUUUCUCCAGAUGGCAAACAAGAAAAGAAAGGAAGUGGUCAAGAGGCAGUGCAUAAGAGAUUAAAGGAAAAGGUAGUGGGCUACAAAUGUAAGUUCUGCGUAGAAAUCCAUCCAACACUUCGAGCCAUCUGUAAUCAUCUUCGCAAACAUAUCCAGUAUGAAAAUGCUCCCCCACUUCCUCCUGAACUAAAGGAUGAUACAAUCCAAGAUGAUGGCAAAGAUCCUCAAGAGCAGCCUAUUGACUCCAGCACAGAGACAGGAGUAGGUGGCUCUGAAGUAGAACAAAAACCUAUACCUAUACCCAUUCCAAAACGCUCCAGACCAGGUGGCUACCCUUGUAAACAAUGUGAUCGAGUUUUAAUGUCCAUGCAAGGCCUGCGAUCCCAUGAGAGAAGUCACUUGGCACUUGCACUGUUUGCCAGAGAAGGAAAAUACAACUGCCAGUUUUGUUCUUUUGUCUCUGCCUUCAGGCACAACCUUGAUCGUCAUAUUCAAGAUCACCAUGGACAUCACAAACCAUUUAGAUGCAAACAUUGUCCUUUUAAAUCUUCCUCCAAUAGCCGUUUGAAAACACAUAUUAUGAAAGCACAUGGAGGUGAACAUGGCUACAAAUGCUCAUUUUGCUCCAUAACAACAAUGACAAUCAGCCAGUUAAAGGAUCACUCAUUAAAAGAACACGGGAAAGCUAUUACAUUGCCAAAACUGCGCAGCCUGCCUCAGAACAGUCCACGUGCUAAGCAGAGCUCAAGGUUUGGAAAGGAACAUAGACUACUUGAAUCAUCAUAUUCUGAGCCACCAGAUGUUCUGCAGCAGCUCAAUCAUUACCAAUCAGCUGCUCAAGCCAAAAAUAACAGCAACAAUAGCCCUGCUCCUCUUCCUGUGGCCAGCACAGCCCCUGAGAUAAAAGAAGAAGCUGUCCUCAACUGUGAAUUUUGUGACUUUUCUUCUGGCUACAUUCAGAGCAUUCGCCGUCACUAUCGAGACAAACAUGGGGGAAAGAAGCUGUUUAAGUGCAAGGAAUGCUCAUUUUAUACAUGCUUUAAAUCUGCUUUCACUAUGCAUGUUGAAGCUGGUCAUUCAGCUAAUCCUGAGGAAGGACCCGAAGACCUUAAGUGUCCUCUCUGUCUGUAUCACACCAAAUAUAAACACAAUAUGAUAGACCAUAUCGUCCUUCACAGAGAAGAGAGAGUCGUUCCUAUAGAAGUUUGUCGUUCCAAAUUAUCAAAACAACUGCAAGGAGUUGUAUUUCGGUGUGAUAAAUGCACUUUUACCUGCUCGAGUGAUGAAAGUCUGCAACAGCACAUAGAGAAACAUAAUGAGUUAAAGCCUUACAAAUGUCAGCUGUGCUACUAUGAAACCAAACUAAAUGAAGAACUAGAUAACCAUUUAAGAGAGGAGCAUAAGGUGUGCCGUAACUUUGAACUAGUUGGAUUAGUUAAUUUGGAUCAACUGGAACAGAUGAAAGAUAAAACUGAGCCUUCAAGUAGUGAUGAAGAGGAAAGUACAGCUAAGACCAGAGAAUUGAUGGACAUCCAAGCUACUGUUCAGGAAAAGCGUUUUCCAUGUGAAUUCUGUGGGAGGACAUUUACGCUCAACACUGAAUGGGAACGACAUGUUUUAAGACAUGGCAUGACUGUUGGUGAAAACCAGAAAGAGAUCAUUGAAUCCAGAAUGCCAAAGGAAAAUCUUGAGGACACUUAUAGGAACAUGAAACAUGUGGAUGAAAGAACAAUAGAUACUUCCCAACAAACUAGAGCCUCAUGUUUUAAAAACUAUAUAGUGACCAAAAAGGAAUAACUUUUUUCUGGAGAUGCGACUAGGACUGGCUUAAACAUUGAUAUGACUGGUUAAAGUACACAAAAAGCUGCUUUUAGAACUUUGAACAUCUGUUUUGUUUUUUCCAAGCACUGGUGUAUGUAUAUAUUUAACAUGCAUUUAUUUAAAAAAGGAACUGACUUGCUUGAAGAAAUCACUACGCAUCUUGUUUGUUCAUACUUUUUUAUGGCUAUAGUGACACAGGACUUAUGAAAGAACUAAUGUAAAACUCUUGCGGAGAACUUUCUCAUAGGAAUGACUAAUACUGUGUGACAAAGAAACCAUUUAUUGGACAUCUUUUAAUACCAGCUUUCCAUACUAUUGCAACUAUUCAAUAGACAAUAAAGACACGUUACAAUUUUCCUAGUUUACUGCAGUGGUCACUAAAAUCCCUAGUACCUCAAGAAAAAAUGUUUCAAGGGAAUUCUCAGCAUUUACCCACGCUGCUUUUCCAGGCAGAUAAAUGUCGAGGAGGCUUAUAGAAAUGGAGAACAAAAAUAACUGAAUGCGUGCAAAUAGUCAAGAUAUCUUUCUUGAUAAUCUUUUCAUGAUUUUGUCUUAAAAUACUGUGACUAUUUUUUUUAUAUGUAAAAUAUGAAUUGAGAAAAAAAGUUAAAAAAAAAAAGUUAAAAUAUUUAGGGAUCUGUUUGUGAAUGAUCAAGUUUUUUUAGGAAUUGGUAGGAUAUUCCAGUCUGUUUUCUUGCUGACUAUUUGGCAAGCCUGCUGAGUCACUUCUGUUUAGUACUUCAAUAAACAAAAACAGCACAAAUCUGAGUUGACCAAUUAGAAUUAUUAAAUUGCUGUGCUGUAAUAUACCUGUCUGAUAGACCUUUUCUAUGAAUUAUUUAUACAAGUUUACCUGACACUUGAGCUAUUAAACAUUUCUCUCAAGUGGUCUACUACAUUUUAAACCUUUAUUUUCAGAUAAAACAUAAUGUUUCUGUUGCUGAUUAGAUACCAAAAAUGUAAUUCAAUUUUAAUUCAUUUAAAUUCUAAAUUUACAUAUACUGUAUACAGCACAUACUGUACAUGUCAUUUCAAAAUGUAGAAUUUAACUGACACAGCCCAUCAUUACAUACUACUUCUCGUUAUUCUAUUUUGUGCAAAAUGUAGAUUUAUUUCCCUUGUAACAUAUGAUGCACUUUUUUCUUAGAAAUUUUUGAAGCUUUUUUUUAUAUAUUAUUAUAAUUAUUAUUAUUAUUCCAAUUUAAGUAAUGUUUAUCCAACUUUUAGCAUGAAACUCAUUCUUGAGUUGCUGUAAAAUAUCCCCUACCUCAUUCCUUCUCUUCUGAAUGGUAAUCAUUUCAGGUUUACCCUGCUGGAAACUUUGUAUAAAAAAAAAUGUGUUUUGAAAUGUUAGCAUAAAAUCAUUAUAUAUAGAAUAUAUAAUGUAACUUUUUGCUGACUUUCAAAAUAAAUAAUUUAUACUUGAGAGCCACAACUACAUUGUACUUAGUAAGAAAAUUAAGACCUUUGUAGAUAUGUCUGAAGACAUACAAAAAAAGUGGUGUUACCUACAGCAAUCUAUGUUUCUACAAUUUUUCUAGAACAGUUUUGAAAAUAAUUAACACCACAAAGUUAAAUUAACACCACAAAGUUGUUUUUUUUGGACUUGUGAUCUUUGGCUGCAAGUCAGCUUUUACAUUAAAGGGAUACUCCGGCCCUAAGACAUCUUACUCAGAGCCUCCAGCGCUGCGGAGAGCUCACAAAGGUGGGUGCGGAAUGUGAGAUUGUGGGGGUCCCCAGUGGCAGGACCCCCUGCGAUCAGACAUCUUAUCCUUUGGAUAGGGGAUAAAAUGUCUUAGGGCCGGAGUACCCCUUUAAAGCAGCUAGGGCCUUUUUAAAGCAGGAUGUAUCUGGCGACAAAGGUAAUCUCGCAAAUGGACAUUUUGAGAAGAAUCGGUUGCACAAGAAAGCUUUUUCACUUUGUAUGUCCUGCUUCUCAUCCAGUCCUCAGCUGCACUUUCAGAAAUGCUACAAGGCUACAAGGGGUUUCCAAUUUCAAGCAACAAUUUCCUGGCAAGUUCUUAUUGUAGGAAGAAUUUUCUUUCAACACUGAAAUUUGCACCAUGCUAAUUGGUCUUUAUUUCAAGCUCCUUGUACCUGUUGUACAAAUGGAGAAGUUACCAAAAAUGAUUUGUGAUGUGUGUUAAUCACUACUUUAUUUUUUAAGUAACCUGUACAUAUUGUAAUCCAUUGCAGUUUGCUUUGCUAAUCUCCUAAUUAAACUAUGGGACCAUUAUCCUUUUC